AUGAGUCAGAUACCAGGAAAGAAGUUAAAUGGAACAACUGCCCAAAGUCAAGAUCUGGUUCCUUGUCCAACCUGUGGAAGAUGCUUUGCACAAGAUGUUCUGCUGAGACAUGAUCCAAUACGCAAGAAAGUCUUUAACAAGAAGCGCAAGCCCUUCAGCUCUUUGAAACAGAGACUGCAGGGAACAGACAUCACCACUGUGAAGAAGCAGCCCCCGCAAAAGAAACAGCCAGGGAAGAAAUCUAACUGGAGGCAGCACCAUGAGGAUUUUAUUAAUACUAUUCGAUCAGCCAAGCAAGUCACAAAAGCUCUGAAGGAGGGCCACCCUCUUCCGCCUCCUCCCCCACCAAGCAUCAAUCUAGACUAUAUUCAGUGUCCACACUGCUCACGAAGGUUUAAUGAGGCUGCAGCAGAGAGGCACAUCAAGUUUUGUGAAGAGCAAGCUGCCCGCCGUGCCUUUGCUGCAAAGACCACCGGACGGGCUUUGGGCAAGCAGCCAGUGACUCAGAGAAAACCCCCAACCUUAACAACUGCCGUGUUAUCGCUUCAGAAGAGAGUACAAGAAGGUGCCAAUACAGACAAACCUAGGCCAGAGACCUCUCCAGGAACACUACAGAAAACCAAAAAAUCUUUGGGUGUAUCUACUGGAAAAAAAUCUUCAGGACAGUUUGGCUGCUAUGCCACGGUCUGUCCUACUGUCCCCAGGCCACCUCUCUGCCCUUGCAACCUCCUCUCCCAUUUGGAGGAGGAGCGGGCUGCGCUGGAGAGGAGGGAGGACCGGCCACUGGUGGGGCUGCCUUCGCCUUCUUCCUCCACCAUACCCCCGGCGUGCGCGGGGCCGUCUCUCCCCACACCGGUGCCAUCGCAGCCCUGCAUGAGCCGAAGGCAGCGCCACCAGACAGACGUCCUGCAGCCCUUGCUGCCUUCUCCACCACUGCUGCCUGAAGUCACACCUGCCCACCCAGCGCAGCCCCAUCCUCUUGGACACCACAGGUAA